AUGUUCAGACUUACCAUCUGCGCCACACUCAUCGCCCUUUCCGCCGCUCAGGUGCCAGUGGCUCCUCUGUACUCUGCGUGCAGUGCCGCUGUUCCAUGUGCCGCUCCGGCUGUCUGCCAGGCUUCCGUCUGCGUUCCAACUGUCGCUGCUGCUCCUCCAGUCUUUGCUGCUCCAGCUCCACUCCCAGCCUUCGCUCCAGCUCCAAUCGCCGCUCCACUUCCAGCUUACGCUCCAGCUCCAGUCGUCGCUGCUCCAGCCCCAGCUCCAGUCUUCGCCGCUCCAUUCGCUGCCCCACCAGCCUCAGUGAUCGCUGCUCAACCAGCUCUCGGAUGCGCUGCCCCAUGCGUCGGAGCCGCCCAAUGCGUCGCCGGAGCCUGUGCCUGUGCUAACCCAGCUGUCGCCUACUCCCCAGUCAUCGGAUGUCAGCCAGCUAUCCCAAUCGCUCCAGCUGUCCCAGUUGCUCCAGCUCCAGUUGUCGCCGGACGUCUCAUCCCACAAGCUCUCCCAGGAUCCCCAUGUGAGCCAGGAGUUGAAUGCACCGGAGGAUCUGUCUGCUCCGUCGGAGUCUGCCUCUGCCCACCAGAGCUUAUCCAAGAAGGAACUGUCUGCGUUGCUCGCACCAUCUACGGAGUCGUCCCACCACCAGUCAUCCCAGUUGCUCCAGUUGUCCCAGUUGCCCUCGGCGCCCCAUGUGCUGCCCCAGUCGCCGUUGCUGCCGCCCCAGCCUGUGUUCCAGGAGCCGUUUGCUCUGCUGGAAUCUGCCAAUGCGCCGGAGCCUACGAGCCACUCCAAGGAGCUUGCGUCCGCAGACGUCUCUAA